GUUUGGGAGUUAGACUUAGCUCUAGUUUCACUUCAGAAAAGCCCACCUCAUGAAAGAGUUGUGCAUUUACACCACUGGGCCUGGGCCACUUUGUACAUGGAGGCUGAGUAGUGUGUUGCACCAUGUUGGCUCCCAGGAUAGCAUUUAGUAUCAGUGACUUCACAGAAUUACCUCUGAAAUGGGAAAGCUGAUUACCGGGGAGAAUCCAAUAGCCUUAAACUAAUGAAGCUAAAGCUUUCAAAGGAUACAACUAAGGCAUUGUCUUACAUGAUGGUAGAGGACGAACUGGCACUAUUCGAUAAAAGCCUAAAUGAAUUUUGGAAUAAAUUCAAAAGUACUGACACCUCCUUUCAGAUGGCCGGACUGAGAGAUACCUACAAGGACUCCCUCAAAGCAUUUGCAGAAAAGCUGUCUGUGAAAUUAAAGGAAGAAGAUAGAAUGGUUGAGAUGUUUCUGGAAUAUCAAAAUCAAAUCAGCAGGCAAAAUAAACUCAUUCAAGAAAAAAAGGAUAACUUGUUAAAAUUGAUUGCUGAAGUAAAAGACAAAAAGCAAGAAUUGCAAGUACUGACUGCAAAUAUCCAGGAUCUUAAGGAAGAAUAUUCUAGGAAGAAGGAAACUAUUUCUACUGCUAAUAAAGCAAAUGCAGAGAGGUUGAAAAGGCUGCAGAAAUCUGCAGACUUGUAUAAAGAUCGACUUGGACUAGAAAUUCGAAAAAUUUAUGGUGAGAAAUUGCAGUUUAUAUUCACUAAUAUUGACCCUAAGAAUCCUGAGAGCCCAUUUAUGUUUUCUCUGCAUCUAAAUGAAGCAAGGGACUAUGAAGUGUCAGAUAGUGCCCCUCAUCUUGAGUGCCUAGCAGAAUUUCAAGAGAAUGUAAGGAAGACCAACAAUUUUUCAGCUUUUCUUGCCAAUGUUCGGAAAGCUUUUACUGCCACGGUUUAUAAUUAAUGUACAAAUAGUGUAUAUUAAAACGGUUUAUUUUUCUUCUC